AUGCCUGUGGGCCCCAUCAAGACCUUCCUCGUACGUGCGGCCCUCGAGUGGGCCAUGACGACCCUCCUCUCCGCCGAAGGCCUUCUCUCGCUAGCUGCUCGGGAGCUCGCCCGACGAUUCGAGCUCCAGGCCCCGUGCCCCCUCUGCACGAGGACCGACCGCUACAACGAAUCCUUGUGCGGGGCCCACAAGCGGGACAUCUCGUCCCUCGCGUACUGCCACGCACACGAUAGGCUCUCGGACGUCCGGACCAUGUGCCGGAGCUGCUUCCUCUCGGACAAGGACUCCUCGGACUGCGACAAGUACAAGUCGCUCGUUGGGGUUCUGCAAAAGGACUCUUCCCGUGAGGAGGAGAGGGACGACCCGAAAUCGGGCGUGAAGGAGGGGAUUAUUCCUCCAAAUACUGCUGUUGCUGCUGCUGAUUCUACUACUACUAAGUGUUCUUGUUGUGGGGAGAUUCGGAGGGCGAGGCCCUCACCGUUGAAUUGCGUGGGGAGACGGUCGAUGAUGAGCGAGAAGGCUUCAUGUUUGUCUCCACAGGCGGCAGGAAGGAACGACAAGUGGUGCGGGUUUGAGUCUCCGCGCUUUAGGUGCUCGGCUAGGAAUGAUUCGCCGCGCAUUAAAUGUUCGAAGGGUGAGUCGCCGCGCAUUAGGUUUUCAGAGGGUGAUUCUUCGAAUGUCGUCGAUACUCAAGACAAAGAGGACGUAAUCAAGGCCACAACAACACUCAUACCGCCGGAUUCUAAGGACACAAACGAUGACACAAAUCGGACUCCAAAACUCACCCGAGCAAACAAACUUCUCGCUCUCCCUCUAAAAUCGGCUCCCGUGAGUCCCAUAUGGGUCAAACGUGGCGUUCGAAAGCUAACAACUGAUAAGGAAGACGAGCCAAAUGAUAGGGGCCCACUCACCGAUGUGGAAACCGAUAUCUCGAAUCGCAUGAGGAGACAAGUCUGUUUGGACCACAGUUCAUUAAUGGAACUAUACAUGGAGCUGGAUGAAGAAAGGAACGCUUCUAAUGUGGCGGCAAAUAAUGCCAUGGCCAUGAUUACUCGUCUGCAAGCCGAGAAAGCGGCUGUCCAAAUGGAGGCUUUACAGUAUCAGAGGAUGAUGGAGGAGCAAGCGGAAUACGAUGAGGAAGCUUUGCAGGCUAUGCAAGAUUCGCUCGAACAGAAGGAUGAUGACAUAAAUGCUUUAAUGGCCAAACUGGAAUUGUACGAAGAAAAGUUUGGGGUUAUCGAGGAUGAUGAAGAUUACCAAGAAAUGAAAUCUCAGUCUUUCGUGUCCUUUAGCGAGAAUUCGGCUAGCGGCAGCUUAAACGGAGGUGAUUCAAAUGAGAGCGAACGUGCUCAUAACGAAAAUCGUGUGGAGAACAGAGGGGAAAAUGAAGAGAUGUUAUCAUUCGAUUUUGAGGGCGAGAGACUUUUCCUUUUCGGCCUGUUAACCGAUCUUGAGAAAAAGUUGUAUGCCAAUGAAGAACGAAAUUCCUCGGAGGCUGACAAUAUCAAGAAUGAAGAUGAAGCAGGAAAUAACGAUAAGGCUACCCUCACACGAGAAGUGUCCUCGAUCAAGGAAAGAUUAAGAGACAUCGAAACAGAUAGUUGCUUCUUAAAGCAUGCGGCUAUGGCUUUGCAAAAAGGGGACAAGGGCACGAAACUCCUGUCUGAGAUAGCUCAAAACCUACGGAAAAUUAGGCAGUCGAUGAGAUCAUCUUCGGACAGAAACACCGUUGCAUGA